AUGGCGUCGCUGCCUCAGUCGCUGCCAGUGUCGCUGCUGCAGACUUUAAACGUCACAUUGGGGGUACUUCCAUAUCCGAUUUUCCCAAUUGCGAAUCUGUGUCAGAUUCAUGCGAAGCAGCGAAGUGUUUUCAUAGUAUUGGUGUGCGUGCUAUUUGUGAUUGCCUUUAUAGGCAACAUUGGCACCCUGUAUGUGAAUAGCAGACGCAAAUUGAGACCCUUUUUUCGCAUCUGCCUCAUUGCUUUAGCCUGCAGCGAUCUACUCUAUUCCAUGAGCUUCACCACAGCCUAUGUGGCGCACUUUAAUGCCAAAUAUCUGGAAUUGUGGGUCUUGGGACGAUUUAUGUGCAGUUUUGUGCCCUUUGUCAAUACGGCGACAAUUAUGUUCAGCAGUCUCAUCCUGGUGGCCAUUGCCUUGGAUCGCUAUAUGGCCAUAAGACGUGCUGCCUUAACCAUUUGGAAUCCAAGUUGGCUCUACUGUGGCAUGUGUAUUGCUGGUAUUUGGCUCACAUCCGUUAUCUGCGCCGCGCCCCUCUUUAUCAUCUCAGAGUUCACAAAGGUCUAUCUGCAGCCAACGGACGAGCUGGUGGUCAGCGAACUGCAAUUGGCCAGCAUGUGUCUGGGCAUGAGUGGAGUUAUUGGGGUCUACAAUGUGAUAUUGCUUAGCCUCAUCUUCCUGCCCUGCAUUGUUGGCUUCGUCUUCCUCAAUGCGACAAUUGCGCGUCGCUUGUGGCAACGUCGUCAUCACCAUCAUCAGCAACAGCGGCAGCAGGAGGGGCAGCACAAGGGGGCGCCUCGCAGGGGGGAGCCACGCUUUGUGUAUCUUCUCAGCAAGCCGGAGACAACACACGCCUUGAUGACCGCCUUCAGUGUGGCUGCCUCGUUGGACUUGAGCAUUAACAAGUUGACACCGUCACCACCACCAUCACCACCACAACCACAGACAGAGUUUCUGAGUCCGGCGGCAGCGGCACGUGUGGCACGUCAUCGCCGCAUGGUGCAUGUGGUGAUUCUAAUGAUGGCCGCAUUCAUAUGCUUGCGUCUUCCCGCCUGGAUCUUCCUCAUCCUGCGACUGUAUGGCACCUUCUCCUCUCCAGUUGAUUGGCUGCUCUACUUUAGCUUUGGACUGCUUAAUCUGACCAGCAGUGCUCUCAAUCCCCUGUUCUACACCUUUCUCACCCAAACCAUUCGAUGUCUCUCGCGGAUCAAGCUGAAAUUACAUCGUUUGCUUUGCUGUCUUCACAAGUCGGAGUCGGAAUCGCAGACGGAUGCAGCGAUGCCCAAGGAAUCAUCUAGCCUAGGAAAAUGUUGUCUCUGCUGUGGUGUGCAGGUCACCUGGCAAUGCUAUGCCAAGACUGCAAAGAUGACACCUUCAAGUCAAUCAGCUGUGCCGGAUCAACCUCUGCCAACAUCCACAUUUACAGUUGCCAAUGACAACAACAACCUGCCACAUUUUGGGGAUCUAACGAGCGAGAUCUUCACCAUCUACAAUGAGAACUCGUUGUCGACUUUGUCAAGUGCGUCAAUCAAAUCCUCCAGCUGAUUAGGUGCGUCAUUAAUCAUGCAUGGCCUGGUGGUAAUUAUAUGUUGAUUAUUUUAAUGGGAAGGUGCAAAGUUCAGACAUUAACUGAUAGGCUCAAAUCGGGAAUUGUAACUGUAACAAACGUUUUAAUACAAAAAA